CGCGUCUGCUGCUGCGCAGCGGAGCCCGUGGCUGGUACGGGACGCGGUGUACGUACACCCGGAGCAGGAAAGCCAAAGGCUGCUGGAGCUCUUUCAGCAAUUUGCUGCUGCUGUUAGGGAGACGCAGGCGCGGCAGCACAGGGAGGAGCGGCACAGACACGAGCAGCAGCAGCAGCAGCAGCAGCAGCAGGAGCUGCAGCGCAAGCAGGGGCUGCAGCAGCAACAGGACAAGCAGCGCGCCCAGCAGCAGCAGCAGCAGGACGGGGAGGCCGCCGGGGCGCUGCAGCAGGAGGGCGCUGCGGCCACGCCGCCUCCCGAGCUCCAGCAGCAGCAGGAGCAGCAGCAGGAGCAGCAGCAAGAGUCCGAGUCGAAGCAGCAAGGCGCCGCAGCGCAGCAGCCGGAGCAGCAGAAGCAGCAGCAGCAGCAGCAGCCGUCUCCGGCGUCAGCGGGCGAUGCUGCUACCGCUGCUGCUGCUUUGACCCCGCCCUCCUCCGCGUCCUGCGCCUCCGCAGCAGCAGCAGCAGCAGCAGCAGCAGCAGAGAGGAAAGUGUGGCCCUCCAGACUUCCUGCUGCUUGGCGGGGGGCCCUGGGGCCCCGGGCCCGCCCCGCGUUGCUGCUGACUUCGCUGCCGAAUUUGCGCUGCAGGCCGCUGCGGCAGCUGCUGCUGCAGCACUUCAGCAAGUGGAACGCGCCUCCUGCUGCGCUGCUGCUCGGUCUGCUGCUGCUGCUGCUGCUGCUGCUGCAGUUGCUGCUGUUGUUUUGCUGCUGUUUUGUGUCGCUUGUCGCUGGCCGCUGUAGCGGGGAGCGGGAGCUGGGAUUUGCGGCGCUUAUGGGUGCCGCUGUGCUGCUGCUGCUGCUGCUGCUGCUGCAGUCCUUUGAGGCCCUGCGGCAGCUGCUGCGGGUGCCGCUUUUCGUUUGGGCUGUUGAUGACGCAGCAGAAACUCUAGCCUCUCUUAGGAAGCAGCAGCAGCAGCUGCAGCAGCAGCAGCAGCAGCAAGGAGGCCAGCAGCAGGGCGAGCCGCCAGCAAAGAAACUCAAUGGAGGAGCAGCAGCGGACUCGCAAACAGCGCCCGCAGCAGAUGCUGCGUCUCCAGUUGCAGCAACAGCAACAGCAGCAGCAGCAGCAGCAGCAGCAUCACCGACAGCAGCAGCAACAACAGCAACAACGGAUCGGAAGCCAAAGGGCGAAAGAUGUGUGCAGCUCCAUUUGCUGCUGUGGCCAGAAGGGCAGCUGCGGCUCUGCGCACGCAGUGUGGAGUCUGCUGCUUCUCUAGACUGGGGCGAGGGGCUCUGCGCCGCCCUCAGCCGCGACUCCCUCGAGGCCUCGUUGGAGCAGGUGCAGCAGGAGUCCGCAGCAGCCGCAGCAGCAGCAGCAGCAGCAGCAGCAGCAGCGGACACGAAGGGGCUCGUUGCUGCUGUUGACGCAGCAGGGCUUAUCCUACCCAACGGGGGGGCGCUGCUGCCUCCUGCUGCUGCUGCUGCUGCAGCAAGGAAUGGCUACAGUCUUCUCGCUGGUAGCAAGGUACACCCUGCUGCUGUUGCUGCUGCUGCUGCUGCGGGUUGCCUCUAA